AUGAGCGUUGCAAAAGUUUAUUGCGUCAAUGGACAGCCCAGCUCCGGCGCAUCCAGCCUACCGCAAUGGAUCUCUAAGCGUCGUUUGGCUGCUGAGCGCACUGGAGGCAAAUCGAGAAAGCGCUCCAAAGCUAAAGUCAAGGAGAGAGGCCUGGAAGAGUCACAGCUUACGCUUAUUCAAGAAUUUGGGUUCCCUGAAGCUUCAAUGAAAGUUAGAACUUCGCCCGACGGUGAUUUUGCUUUGGCGACAGGCACCUACAAGCCGCAAGUUCGAUGCUACGAUUUGAGAGAAUUGGCUCUGAAAUGGGAGAGACACACUUCAUCAGAGAACGUUGACUUCCAGAUUCUAUCGAGCGACUGGACAAAGAGCGUACACCUGCAGAAUGAUAGAACGGUGUCUGUUCAUUCGCAGUCCCAACUACACUACUCCCUUAGAGUACCUAGGUUUGGUAGAUCACUCGCAUAUCACUUCCCUUCUUGUGAUACCUUGAUUGGUGGUACAGGUAGUCAGGUUUUUAGGCUCAAUUUGGAGCAAGGUCGAUUCCUUAACCCCUUGGAUUUGGACAGCUCAUCUGUCCAAGGUGUUAAUGCUGUUGACGUCAACCCUGCUCAUCAGCUUUGGUCGUUUGGUGUCGAAGGUAGCGGCGCUGGUGUCAAAUUCUGGGAUCCACGCUCUAGGAAUGAGAUUGGCUCCCUGGACUUGCCAGCAGAAUACUUGGUUGAAGACAAUAUUGCAAAUCUUGGUUCAGGUCCUUUGGGUGUCACAUCCUUAGCCUCACACAGCAAUGGUUUAUCAAUGGCAGUCGGUACAUCCACCGGUCACACUCUCCUUUACGAUCUCAGAGCAAGCAAGCCCUUUGCCAGCAAGGAUCAAGGUUAUGGUCUGCCGAUUAAGAAUCUCCAGUGGCUCGAAAGUGCCUCAGGUAGAUACGAUGAAGCUGACGGUAAGGUCGCUAGUGCAGACAGCAAAGUUAUUAAGAUAUGGGACAAGGAAUCUACCGAAAACUACGUCAAUCUCACACCUGAGUCUGACAUCAAUGAUAUGCACAUUGUCCCGAAGACAGGUUUGAUCAUGUUGGCGAAUGAAGCACCAGAGAUGUCUAGUUAUUACGUUCCUCAACUUGGACCUGCACCAAAAUGGUGCAGAUUCUUGGACAAUAUCACAGAAGAACUCGAGGGCGACAUGAGUGGAGGUGUCGGUCCAUCUGCAUGGUCAGACUAUAAGUUUAUCGACAAGUCUGAGCUUGAGAGCCUCCAGUUGAAUCAUUUGAUCGGUACAGCUGCUCUCAAGCCAUACAUGCACGGUUUCUUCAUCUCUGGCGAAUUAUACUCCACAGCCAAGCUGGUUUCGAAUCCAUUCGCCUAUGCUGAGCACAGAGAAAAGGAGAUCCAAGCUAAGCUCGACAAGCAAGCUGAAUCGAGAAUACGUAACAGUGUCAAGCCCAACGUUAAGAUUAAUAAGGGCUUGGUUGAUAAAUUAUCCAAGUCGUCUAGCAAGAAGAGCAAGAAGGAUGAUGGAAAGCUGCUUAGUGAUGAUAGAUUCAAGGAUAUGUUUGAGAACCCUGAAUUUGAAAUAGACGAAGACAGCAAAGAGUUUGCGCUGCGCAACCCAUCUGGCUUCAACAAGGGUAAGACUGCUGUUGAGCAGGAGGAAGAGGAGAGUGACAAGGACUCGAUGGAUGAAGAUAUGUCUAAGGGUAGUAGCAGUGAAGGUGAAGAAGAGGGUGAUAGUGGUGAUGAGAGUGAAGAUAACAUUAUCAGUGCACCACCACCUCGUCAACCAACAGCUCCUGUACAAAAGCCUAAGCCGCAGUCUAAGCCAACGCUUGUUGCAGGAACAGCAACGGAACAGACGGGCAGUGCAGGAGAUGCGUUCGGCGAUAGAAUCAAGGGUACUGAGAAGAAGCAGCAAGCCAAGGAAUCCAAAGAUAGCUCAUCAGUCAGAAGGACUGGUGGCGGUGGUAUGGAGAUGGUGUUCACGCCUAAGACGACCGAAGCAGAUGACAACAAGCCUCAACCUAAGAAGGCUAAGGGUAGAGAGCAAUUUGGACAUGGAUUGGAGAAAGGCGCUCUUGAGCAAGACCAGGGUGCAGAUGAGCAAGGUAGAUCAAGACGCCGCAACAAUCUCAGGAUGGCUUCAAACAAUGCGCUCAGAAGAUAG